UGAAAGAAAAUCCAUGUAGAUGAACGGUUGAGAUAUUGCCGGUCAUUACUGUAAACCAACAGUCCCAUUUCUCUCUAAACUGAGAAAAACGCUGUGAGAGAGCAGCAGAGAAGAAUAUAAGAAAGUAAAGAGAGUAGUGAUCCGGAGAUUCACCGGGAGAAAGAUUAGCAAUGUUUCUUCGGGUGAUCGCACGGCCAUUGAUGGCCAAGGUGAAGCAGACUACGGGGAUCGUGGGUCUGGAUGUGGUCCCCAACGCGAGAGAGGUGCUGAUCAAUCUUUACAACAAAACCCUAAAGGAGAUUAAGGCGGUCCCUGAGGACGAAGGAUACCGUAAGGCGGUGGAGAGCUUCACGAGGCAUAGGCUGCAGGUGUGCCAAGAAGAAGAAGACUGGGAAAUGAUCGAGAAAAAGCUUGGGUGCGGCCAGGUCGAGGAGCUUAUCGAGGAGGCCCAAGACGAGCUCAAGCUCAUCGAGAAAAUGAUCGAGUGGGAUCCUUGGGGUGUUCCUGAUGACUAUGAGUGCGAAGUUAUUGAAAACGAUGCUCCUGUACCAAAGCAUGUUCCUUUACAUCGACCUGGUCCUCUUCCUGAGGAGUUCUACAAGACGCUUGAGGCUGUGCAGUCCAAAACUGAUGCACCUGCAGUCACAUCUGGUCAGUCAGAGACAAAGGAGUAAUGCACAACUGACACAUCUUGAGGAACAACAAACUUCGGAGUUGAAUCCUUGUUCUUAGUUUAUUAUUUGUGUUUGUUCUCUUGUAAUUCAUGUUUACCAGAUUGGAUAGGGUUUUCAUGAGACAACAGCCAGAAUGAUUCAGUGAAUAAGCCUGACAUAAGUGGAUGUUACGAGAAGUUUUUUUUAUCAAAUCUCAUUCUUGCUUCCUGUUGUUAAACACAAUGUAUUUUGUGUCCAUCUGAAAACUUUUGUUCAUGUAGACAGGACAGCAACUGCUCCUUAAAUGAGAGAAAUUUUCGCAGUUUGUGAGCUUCA